GUGGGAUUUUGUACGAUAUAAAGGAAGAACAUACAAAGACAUGGAUCGCAUGGUGGCCUAUGAGAGAGCUUUGAGGACAUGGGCUACAUGGGUGGACUUCAAUGUGGAUUCUAGAAAAACGCAGGUCUUCCUCCAGGGUGUUUCUCCAGAUCAUAUGAAUCCAAGAGAAUGGGGUGAUGCAAACUCAGAGAACUGUAAGGGACAAACGCAGCCACUACUGGGGACGCAAUAUCCAGGAGGUACACAUCCAGCACAACUUGUUUUAGAAAGGGUUAUGCGCAAAGUGUCAAAGUCAGUUCAUUUGCUUGACAUAACAACACUUUCACAAUUAAGAAAAGAUGGUCACCCUUCAGCCUAUGGGUAUGGAGGUUCGCGCGGCACGGAUUGCACCCACUGGUGUCUUCCCGGCGUUCCAGAUACUUGGAAUCAACUUCUAUUUGUAGCACUCUUCCAAAGCUGA